AUGCUAUCCUCUCCUUUGCAGGCGAUGGGGCCUAAAUGUAGCAAUUCUCGGCUGCUAGCAUUUGCAUGGUUCUUUUCGCUUUUCUUUGCAUGUCUGGCUUGCCUUCCUAUCUACAGCGUAGCUUGGAUGGCUGUCCCCAAUGACGGUGGAAUUAAAAAUGUAGAUCCUGGCCAUUCAUUAGAUGCGAUAAUGGAUAUUGGCACAAUGGAGCCAACGCCGGUACAAUUUAUGCCACAGCAAAGCCCAUGCCCCGCGCCUGCUCCUGCUGCUGUUGCACAGAGACAGGCACCAUCCCCCUUGGAAGAAGUUACACCAACAAAACACUCUGAUGCAAAAAAUUGCCAUUGCGGCUACUCGGAUGUGGCAGAUGAGAGUUUUUUUUCAGUGUUAAACGGAAUCAUCAUUGCAAUCAAAUUCACGGUGUCGCUCCCGUGGUAUCUCUUAUCGCGAGGUUUGGAGUAUUCGCUUGUUGCAGCUCAUUGGAUGGUAGGUCGUACCAUUUCUCAUCCCAUUGCCUCAAUUUGGGGCUAUGGAUUCGUUCUAUUUGUUUCUGUAUGGGUUGUUGAUUCCAUGGGGGGAAUCGCUGCGGUUGCCACCGAGUUUUGUGGGUGGCUCAAUCAUCGAAAUCAAUUUAGUGAACAAAUACAUACAAAGGUUGUUGCCAAGACACGUACGCAUGUUUUCGAGGUACCCGAAAAACAAGAGAACUUCCAAAUGAAUAGUGGCGAGGCGGUUGAAGAGUCACAAAAACAUACGACCAAUAUAGAAGCUGCCCAUGGCCGUUCAAAAAUCAUGAAACAAGGCCAAGCGAAGCAUAAAGAAGGGUUGCAUGAAGCAAAAAGCACCUCCAAGAACUUGUUAGUUAAAAAAGGCGCAGAAGGGCACCAUGAAGAAAAAAAAGUUGCCGAGAGCAAUGAGCAAGUCAAAGGGAAAAAGAAUAUCCGAGUUAGGGUUGUACCUGUGGAAGCCCCUUCAGAUGGAGCAAUAGAAGACAAUGGUAACCAACAGUCCCCUGAAGAGGGUGUAGAAGGUGAAGAAGAUGCAGCGCAGAAAGAGCAGCCUAAUGAAGAGGAGCCCGAUGUACAAUAA